GAAAAGUGUCCCGUCAGAUGAUAAGGGGUGUUGGAUUGAUUAUAUUCCCAUCUGGACCAUUUAAACCAAGAGACGGUGGUGGUUGGUCGAGUGACAGCAAGUAUUCACUCUGAAUAUUUGCCGGAAGGGUUUACUGCCAUUCUUAAUUGCUUGAUCUUCAACUUCACAAACUUCAGAAAUAUUGUGUUUUGCGACAAGUCAAAAUAUCUAGCUGUUUUCCGUCUCAAGUAUCUUUUGACGGUCUUGGAGGACCACGCAUUCGCAAGGUAUUUGAUUUCUAGAAUAGAAAAUCCUUUCGAGAAAUUGGCUGUAAGUUCUUCAUUUCAACUUUGUCUAUCUCUGGAGGGCGGUCUUUUGCGACAGCAUGUGUUGUUCCCACCUUCCUUUACCUUACAACCUUCCACUUCAAAGGUUUGCAAGAGCAAAAAUUGCACUUUCCUGCCCGAAAUCUCCAGAAAGACAACGGGCUACUGGAGAGAACAUCAUUGUCAAGCCAAUACCUUGAAUGACAACCAAUUUCAUUUGUGCGAUAUAUGCAGAAGGAAGAAGAGGAACAACUUGUCCAAGGAAUCCAAAAGAAAAUCUACAAAUAGGAGGUGAACGACCAUUGGGCAGUAUGGAUCCCAUUUUCAAGCCGCCAAUCUGGAGGAAAUUCGAGAAUGGUGACAGAACAAGAAGUUCUGGAGAAGCAGACAACAGCACCAUCUCGAGUCCGAAUUCAGAUACGGACGAAAUAGAUAGUAUUCUUAAACAAUACGAAACACCAGCCUCCAAGAAGAAGGCGAUGAAUCUUGUGGUCAUGAAUGGUUCGGAAUCUGAUGACGCCGAAGUAACUUCAAAAACGACCACUCAGAAGCGAGCCUUGAUUAUUGCCAGUACCUCACUUAAAUAUGAAGAUAUUCAACCUCUGGAAUCAAACUCAAAAGUCUCCACUACCAACAACAACAUCCACCAGCCAAGCCAGCAACGGUGUAUCUAUGAAAAGCGCAGCAGUGAAGGAGCGCAUAUAUCACUUCCCAGACCAUCAUUCGUCGACGAUAUUGAAUCUGUCAGCUCGAAAUCAACGGUCUCAGCAAUCCAUCACCCCCGAAUGAAUCUUCAGCAUGUUUCCGAGACAGAUGGACACUAUGAGGUUAGGAUAGACAAAACGUUUCAGGAAAGAAGGGUUGAGCCAAAAUUGGGGUCGAAUACUGCCAUCUCCCAUAUAGAUGACUUGGGAGAGCCAGAGACAAGUAACAUCCACUUCCAAAAAGUUUCCAAUCUUGCGAACAUCGAAAUAUGUAAUGCGAAUGACGAGAAACCAACAAUUCAGCACAUCAAUGAUUUUGAUAGCUUAGACGAUCACAGUCCAAUAACUUUGGUUGAUGAUGCGCCAAAGGAGGGAAGUACGGACUCAAGCAAGAUUGUGCAGCCGGUCAAGUGGAGGUUUGCGAAUCGUUACUGGAAAAAUACCAGCACCCGAAUUUCUCGAACGGCGCAAUCCUCCGAAGCAUUCAAAGAGACCGGUGCAAAGAUGACCAAAUCUGCUUUACAAGGAGGCAAAAAACCUGUGAAUAGGCUGGGAAAUGCACAAAAUACUCCUUCACAUUCACACGCCCGGUCACUCGAGCCCUUCAAUCUUCAACCCGAACGACCCAACAAGAAGCAAAGAACAGAACAAACACUUCUAAGCAAUGGAACAGUCGGUGGGCCAGAUCAGUUUGAGCAUGAAGCAAAUCAGGGUCAGGGACCUGUGAGCCAGACACCUACACAGAGUCAGUACAAUAGCUCGCCUCACCAAAAAAAUGACAUUUGCCCAAGAUUCAAGUCUUUUCAGGAGUACUCCGUAGCUGAAUACCAAGCGGUCAAUAACUUAGUGAAGCCGCGGAAGGAAAAGCGAAAGAGGCAUAAAGUUAACUCUGACCACCAUUCAGAAAGCCAGGUUCACACUCACGGAAAUGCUGGUUUCAAAGCACAACAGACCGCCAACGCUAAGAGACUUACAAACGGUUCACAUCUGGAGGACAUCAGAGACCCUAUAGCUAAUGAAGAAGAUGAGCUGCAAGCUCCACACUCUACCUCAAAAAUCGUUCCUCGAGUUGUAAUUCCGCCUAUUGGCAAUUCACACCUUGCAGCCGCACACCAAGCUCCACAGGUAAGAGCAAUCGAGCCCCAGAAAUCGUCGUAUGCCUCAAACUCGCAACUCGAAAAGCGCAUUCCACCCAAUUCUGUACAAGAUAGACGUGUAUUGGGAGAGUUGCAACUAGCGGACGGCAGUGAGGAUGAGCUCUCGCUAGGGAACCCACCCGAAGUUUCGCAUGUAAAACAGGCCGAUAGAUCACGGCAAACCCCGGAAGUCAAUCACUACGACGUUGAGGAUGAUAUCGACAUGGAACCGAGCCUUGAUAGAAGGGGUGACAUGACCCAAUGGGGCAAUGGUACAUCUGAUGACAAAAAAUUACAACAACGGGACCACGGGAAAUCGUUUGGAGUUCGAAGUGUCUUCUCACCAACUUUUUAUUGGCAUCGGCCAGGUAAAAUACAGAAGUGGUGCGUGGUUCUGGAUAAAUCUGGAGUGAUUAGUCUUGUGAAUGACAAGGGGAUAAUUUCAGAUUUCUCUAUCAAAGCAAGUACUAUUCAUGAAAUAACAGUUGGACGCGAUUCUUGUAAAUUGGUCAUCCGAAAACCUCAGAAGUCUGGCCCCAUGAAAGACGCCGACAUGCUCAUAGAAUUUUCCGGAAAUCAGGAAAUUGAUAAUUUCCUUAAGUUGGUCAAGCCAUUCAUAAAACACGUUGAAGUCAAAUGGGUGGAAUCUUCUGAAAUUGAUCAAAGGUUUCAUCGUACCCGCGAAAACCUCGACAAGAGAACUGACCAAGCAGCUAAAAAACGAAGCAGAGCCGAAAGCCAGCCUGAAGAUGUUCAACUUUUGUCGUCAAAUCAAGACAGACGAACAGCACAGCGAACCCAAUUUCUCGAGCACGACGAUCAGCAUGAUCAGCAUGAUCAACAUCACAAUCUCUCAAGAGCAAAGAGGCAGAAAAUUCAUGAAAAGAUGCAGAUGCCGCCCUCUCAACAAAAUAAGAAUGAUACUUCCGAUUCAAUUGAACCCGUUGAAUUUUACACACCAUCGAGCAAACCUAAUGAAACUCGUGCUUCAUUACGAAGCUCUGACAGGCCAAAGUCAUACAACCCGAUCCCCGAGGCAAGAACCCCCAGCCCAGAACGCUGGUCAGAUGUCAAUAGGGCCUGGGGAAAGAAAUGGGAGAAAUCUGUGGUAUAUCCUAAGAGCGGUAAGAAGACUGCUACCGUUGAUAAGCAAGACAUUCAUAGGCUUGACGAUGGAGAGUUUCUGAACGAUAAUCUUAUCAUGUUCUAUCUUCUCUGGCUCGAGCAGCACCAUCCUGAGCUGGCUACUCGUGUUUAUGUUCAUAACACGUUUUUCUACGCAAGCUUAACCAAGGCUGCAAAAGGCAAGAAAGGGAUCAACUAUGAGGCUGUUGAGAGAUGGACAGCGAAAGUUGACCUCCUGUCUUACGAUUAUAUUAUUGUUCCCGUCAAUGAGAACGCUCAUUGGUAUAUGGCGAUCAUAUGCAAUGCACCCAGACUUCUGAACCUGGAGAUCAGGCAGUCGUCGCAACCUACCGAGAAUGGUGCGCAAUCUGAACACGAUAGAGAAAUAGAGUCUCGCAACGCAAGCAAACUCACUACACCCUCGAAAUCACCGCAGUCUACCCCCAUGAGAUCUGUAAGUGAUAAAGAUGAGACUAGUGUAGACAAUAGCUUUGGAGAGUUGUCAUUAGCACAUGGCGAGGAGACCGGAGCUCCAAUAAAUCUCGAAAAUGCAAAGAGUUCCCCUCCCAGUCACCAAGGAUUGCCAUCUACUUCGCUGGAAAUGGAUCGGGACGGUACCGCUGUAGACAAGUCUGGCAAAAAUGUGAUUGAUUUAGCACAAACGAGCUCGCCACCGGCAAAAUCAAACUUCACGGCAAAGGGCAAAAGAAUUCCCCCAAUUCGCGCAUAUGACCCAAAGCAGCCUAGAAUCAUCACCUUUGACUCGCUUGCUUUGAAGCACCCCAAUACCUGUAGCAACCUAAAAGAUUACAUGGUCGCCGAAAUUAAAGCGAAGAAAAAAAUGUCAAUCACACCCCCUAAACCCAUUGGUAUGGCGGCAAAAACACAGGACAAAGACAAUGCUACGGGAAGAUAUCUGGGUAAAGGUCUUCCUGUACAAGGCAAUUUUUGUGAUUGUGGCGUGUACCUGCUAAGCUACAUUGAGGAAUUCUUUGAACGUCCUGAUAGUUUUAUCGAAGAUAUCAUGGAGAACAAGUACGAAGUUGAUGGUGAUCGGAAUGAUACACCUGCAUUUCGUACUAAGAUCCGCAAUAUUCUUUUUGAGCUUCAGGAGGAGCAAGUUCAAGAAGCACAUGCAGCCAAAAUGGCUAAAUUGGCCAAAAAGGCUAAACGGGGGAAGGAUGUUCCAUUCACGACUGCCAACAAGACUGAGCUGUCAAAGCCACAAACAGUCUCUGGAUCUGAGUCAAGUAUUGCCCAACAAAAGUCUAUUGCCAACACCUCUACUAUCAAUGAACGUCACAAUUGUGAUGAUACCUUGACAGAGACGAGGGAUUUUCCAAAAUCGUUGUCAAAAGCCAAGGAGGUUAUCAAUAUUAGUGACAGCCAGGAUACUCUUCAAGAACAAUCUCAAGAGAGUCCUACAUCAAUUUCUCUUAAAGUUAUACAUGAUAAGCCAAUUGAAGAGCAAUCUAGGUCAAGAGGUCGUAACAGAGAACCCCGCCAAACUACUCAUACUGUGGCUAAUACUUCGAAGUCUCCUAUGCCCCUUGAGAUCCGUGAUUCCCAAGAAGACGAAGAAAUACUAAAGGAAAUUAUGGCUCAUCACUUGUUGGCAAAAACCCCACGGAGGAAGGCCUCUGUCAUUGAUCUCGAGAAAGAAGAGUCUCAUAAGGGCGAGGAACCGACUGGACAAGAAUCUCGAAGUGGUAAAAGUUUGCUUGGCAAUGCUGUUAAUGUUGUUGGUGCUUUUUGCAACUUGAUCAGCAAACCGACGGGCCAGGCAGCUGUACAAGGCGAAGUGUCCAGACUUCUACCUGCGCGCGAAUCCCGCGGAGAGGAAUGUGUCAAAGCUAUGGAAAGUCCAUCGCGUUCUGGUAUUAAUUCGCCUCGACAAUUGGAAAGUGAUAUACAACUGAGACGAAAUGGAACAGUUUUACGUUCCCCAUCGUCAGAGCAGCGUGGUUCGGAUUUGGCACCAUGGACAGGGUCAAAAUUCAAUGAGAACGCGGUGGAUCUGACUGGUGAUGACCCGAUGCCUUCGGAUCAGCCUGAAGAUAGUUUCUCAAAUCUUGAACCAUUUCCGCCUUCCCCGCCGGCAAUUAGUCUGCGAAAGCAUGAUCAUUCAAAAACCAAAACACCUGUCUUGGCAAACUUCGCUCGACGAAAUACUAGCUCUGAAACAAAGGAUUCCUUAAAACGCUUUCAAGAUCCUGCCAUGGAAAACUUUUUAAACAAUAAAUCAUUGACUGGGCGAGAUCCUGCAGAAAUAAAGAUGAUUGCUCAGUGUAGGCGUUGAGACAUCAUCAGUUCUACUACGACUUAACAAAACGUUUCUUUUUUUCGGGAGCCGACGGCGUUCUAGAUUUUUUUAUGGCAUACCCAAUGAGUCUUUUUGCAUUUUAACUUUCGGCUCAUCUCAUACUACAAUUGCUUAGGGUUGUAUUGCUCCAUCACUUUUCAAUUUGAUGGAUAGGCGUUUUUUUUUAUGGCGCUGUGAGCAAAGGAUAGCAUUAUGCUGGUCGGAGUUGGUACGGCGGAUACAAACGGAGUGGGAAGGGACUUUUCGAAAGAGAAUUAUUGAUAUGGACUGGGACAAUUGGCUGGAUGGUUGGGUCUUCAGUACAGGAUCAGAGGGAAGAAUAAUAUCUCUGCAGCUUACUGGGGGUGAAUUAGCGUGGCUAGAUAGACAUUUAGGGCAAAUCAUAACAAUUUGCCAUGGUAGAUUGGGACAAUAAAUAAUGUAUACGGGCUUUAGUGUCAGUUCAAGAGCGUGCUAUGUAACCGGGUUGGAAGCAGAGUGUCCAAUAGUCCGGACUGCAGUCUAAUAAUGAAGAUUAUCCAAUCUCCA